UUCCUCUUCGAUUUCAGGAGUACCAAGCCAACAUAGAUGUUACCGAUGUUUUAAAAACAUCGAUGACCAUUUUAACAUCGAUGUUUCUCGACCACUACUUCGCCAUUUUUAAAUACAAAAUAGGACGCUUCGCCGGAAAACUCAGCACUACGGUUUGAUUCCAACAGGACACCUCACUUCGCCUCGCCACAAUCGACACAAUGCAGCGCCACAAGGAACUGUACAAGGAGCAAUCGCUGGUGCUGAGCCCGCGUAACCACUGCCAGGAGAACCGGGAUCGCUUGCAGGCGGCGCGCGCCAAAAAGCGGGAGGACUGCUUUUACCAGAACCGCAUCAUCAGUGUGAGUCCCACGCCCGUCAAAACGAAGCCCUAUGUGGCGGCGCAAGGGGCUCUGCCCCAGGAGAAUGUGGUCCCUAACCUGCAGGGCCAGCAGCAGCCGGAGCUGGAAAAGAAGGAGCCCUUGGAGCAGCCACCGCAACCAACCGCAAAACCCACACGCCAGUCAGUAUUCCUUAAGCGCUACACGGAAUGGAAGAACGCCAGGAACAAGGAGCAUAAGCACCGGGAUCAGACGCGUCGUGGGGCAGCUAUUAAUGCGCCGCCUGUCAAUCAAUCAAAGGCGUUUCCCAAGUCUGAAACAUUUCGGGUUCCCGAAAACCUGGCUACUACCAAGCAGAAGGUGGCAGCGUCUGUGCUCCAGCCGACCAAGCGUUGUUCGCUCUACGUUAUUGCCAAUCCCAUUAGCAAAAUCAAAGGUAAGGCAUCCGAAGCCACCAAUCCAUCAAAAGCGGCUUCUUCGGCAAUCAAGCCAACGCCUGCAGCUCUUCUUGAUGCCAAGACGGCGCCUGCUCCACCGCCUUUGAGGAAACCAGCUGCGCCAUCAUCCAAACAUGAGACUGCAGCUCCAACAAAACCAGUGACUGUCGCUUUGGCGAGGCAAAAAGCAGCUCCCGCUACAAAACCAAGUGCAUCCCGUCAGACCACCAAUCCGGUGGCUUUGGCCAGGCAGAAAGCAGCUGCGCGACCCGCUCCCACUGCCACUAGCAAUACCAGAGACAGGAUUCCAACAACUGAAAGCAAAAAGGCUUCUGCCAUGCCCAUAUCCUCGGCCGUAACACUCAACAAAGGGAAAACGGACCCCGUGCGGCAACAGCCGUCAGGGACUAGCUUGAAACCAAGGGUGCCUGUGUCUACGGUGCCAAGAGUAGCUAGACUGGCAAAUGUGAUGGUGCAGCCGUUCGAGAAACCUUCGGGAGGCAGAGCACCAGUUAAAGGUCGGGCGAACGUGGUGAAGCCGCAAUCCAUUCGUGGCGGAGGUGGGGCCGUUGGAAAAUUUAAGGACUCAGCUGGAGUUACCAGCAAAACUGUCGGUAAUUCCAUGCGAAUGAAGCCCACCAAACAAAAGAACCAAUACACGAAGCUGCAGGACAACGUGAGAAAGCUUCCUCAGCUCAAGGCCGAGUUGCUGCAGGCAGCCUUACUAGACAUACCGCCUCUCACGCCGCUGGAGGACAUCCCCUUCCUCGACCAGGCCACAUCCACGCAGUGUAGGUCUAACAAAAGCAGCGGCAGUCUUCAGGAGGCUUUUGGCGACAACAUCUUGCUAAGCCCAGUGGCACCGGCCAAAAGUGAGGGGGAUAGUACAGUCAAAAGACAAUUGCUGGCGGCGGAUAAGGCAGAGCUGCCAGUUCCGGUGGCAAAGAAAAAAUUCGACUUUUCGCGUUACUCUGUGGCUAACUCGCCGGCGGAGGACUCUCUGAUCUUGGAUCCACAGCAGUUGACCCUUAAAGAAGCUGCCGGAGACACUACUUUGGUUCCAGAAGUGGAGAAGACACCGCCACGCCGUGAGUCCAACGGAAUGCCAAACUAUCUUAGCCCGUUUGUGAGCGUCUCCCGCGGGAAGGUGAAUUCGCGCUGCGAAAAGGAGAAGCGGAACAGCUUUUACCUGCCCGACGAGGAGUCGCCGUUGGAAGUUCGCCGUGCCAUCGAGUCCGUUCUGUACUUUAGGCUACAGCUGGAGAAUGAGAUCGCGCGGCUCCAAGCCCUUUGCAGCGAAUGGGAUGCGUACAGCAAGGAGAACGAGGCACGCUUGCAGGAAACGGGCGGCAUUGACAUGAUCAACGUGACCAUCGGCCAGACGCGCCUGUUGACCACCAAAAAGAUGAUGCAGUUUAGCGGCCUGAUUGAUCGCUGCGAGGCCGGCGCCACGGGCAAGAACCGCCAGCCAAGCGAUGGUAGCGAAGACACGAAGCCGGUGCAGGCGGAGGAUCUGGAGGGCUGGUGGGACAUGUUGCGCCUGCAGAGCGAGAACGUGGACAAGCGUUUCGAGAACCUGAAGCGAUGGAAGGCCAACGACUGGCUCGAUCCGGAUGCAGUGGCUGAGGAACCCAUCCAGCCAAAGCCGAAGCCCAAGAUUAAUCGCAACAUGAAGGUCAAGGCAAAGGCCAAGCCCUCUAGCAAUCUGAAGCAGUUUCUACGCAAAGCCCAUGCCAACUUGAAGAAGACAAAGGUGGAGGAGCCGCUGAUGGAAGAUGGUGCUCCUUCGACGUCCUCGCGGGUCAGCUCGCCGCGGGUAAUUGUGGUUCGUAAUCGCAGGUCCUUUUCGCCUGCUCGCACUGUUCUCCGUAUGUCCAGUGGCGAAGGACGUCCAUCCAUUGCGCCCAAUGCGCUUCUGAAAUCAGCGAUUCUUGCGGCCGCCGAGCAGAAUGCUACCAAGACCCCGCCACCGAAGCCGCGAACGUCCAUUCUCAAAACGCCGGGCACCAUCAAACGCCAGAGCCGAGCCGUACUCUUCAGCGCCAAGAAGAGCGUACGUCGUUUCCAGUUCACCUACGAGGAGGGCAACCUCAGCAACGACGAGACGGUGGGAGCCGACAAGCUGGAAGACUGCGAGGAGGAUAUGUCGCUGGAGGCGUCCUCGGAGCGUCGGUCCAUGGAGCAGGAUCCAGGAGGUGAUCAAGCCAAUGGGCAAACCCCUCGGACUUAUACGCUGCGCAACCGGCGAGUGAAUCUGCGUCCUUCGUCGGAGUUCAUGUAAUGUUGGAUUUAUGUAUAGAAUUGUUUAUAGUUGUAUUCCUUAGUUUAAUAUUAUUACGGAGAGCCAUUAAGUGUUAAUUGUUUAAGAUGUUAAAAUUUAUCUUUGGCAUUUUAAAUAUUCAAUGUUUAUGUUUUGUGAAAAUUGAAUCAUCUCAGUUCUGAAAAAUUAUCUAAAAUAUCUUG